UCGUAAAGUUGCCAGAGAAGAAAAUAAAAAAGGGAACUCAAAAAAUGCUAACUGUUUAGCUUCUGUAACAUGUAUGGUAAAAUUAGAUACUCAUUCUACACGAAAAGUUGAUCCCUAUAUUAAGGAUGGGUUAUAUGGUGUAAUAAGAAUUAAAAAUAAACAUAAUCAUAGUAUUGACACUGCUGAAACUUUACGCUUUUUACCAGCAGACAAAAUACUUAAAAAUACCUUUUUCGAGUAUUUUAACGAUAAUAUGGGUAUAACUGAUGCAAUUAAUUGUCAUGAGCGCAUUUUAGAAUUGAAAGAAAAUUUUUCACUGGAAGUCUUGGCUAAUGGAUCUAUUAAUCCGACUUAUAGAACUGUCCAAAAUUGGCACAAUGAAUGGAGGUUGGAAAAUUUAGGUCCACGGUCUGGAUCAGGUUUGAUUGAGAAAAUAAUACAAAAGAUUGAUGUAUACAAAGAGAGAAAUGUUAUAGUUAAGUUCAAGGAAGAUCCAUUUGCAUUAGUUAUUAUUACCCCACUUAUGCAACGAGCCCAUUCAUUAAAGUCAUCUAGUAACAUUGUAUUUGUAGACAGUACAUCUGCCUGUGAUGCAGACAAUUAUUCUAUAACAUUUAUGCUUACUCCUUGUGCUGCAGGUGCAGUUCCAUUAGCAAUAAUUAUUACAAAAGGUCAGACAUAUUCAGCAUAUAACACUGGAUUUCAGUUACUAAAAGAAUGUGGUAUAAAUUGCUUUGGUGGUGUUGGUUGGCCAAAAAUCUUUAUAACUGAUAAUGCUGCAGCUGAAAUAAAUGCAAUUGAAAACAACUGGCCGAAUAGUAUCCAUUUACUAUGCAUUUUCCAUGUUUGUCAGGCUGUUUGGCGUUGGGUCUGGGACUCAAAGAAUAGCAUACCGAAAGAGAAGCGACCAAUAAUUAUGAAGAGUUUUCAAUCUAUUUUAUAUGCUGAUACAGUUGAUUCUUCAGAGAAAUGUUUUAAUGAUAGUAUUAAAAACUCUGAAUUUCCAAAUUGGUCAAGAUAUUUAAAUGAACAUUGGCAAACAAGACACAAAUGGUGUUUGGCGUGGCGUGAUGAAUCAACUAAAGGUCAUCACACAAACAACUAUUCUGAAAUUACUGUUCGAAUUUUUAAAGACACUGUUCUUUCAAGAGUAAAAGCAUACAACGUCGUAGCUUUAUUAGAUUUCACAUGCACAGUAUUAGAAGAUCAUUAUUGUAGGCGCUUAAUGGCUUUUGCUAAUUGUAGACACACUAAAAAUAGAACUGCUAGAAUCUUUUUAGAUUCAUUAAUAAAAAAAGCAAGUACAAUACAAAAAGUUCAUAUAGUAUCUAAAUCAGAAUAUGAGUAUUGUGUACAGAGUGAAAAAGAUUCUUCAUGUAUUUAUGAAGUAAACAUUAUGGGAGGUUGUUGUUCAUGCCUUUCUGGUAAAUUUGGUAAAUUCUGUAAACAUCAGUGCGCUGUUUAUAUUCAUUUUGAUGUAAUUUCAAAAAGUUUCCCUCCAGUUACCCCAAAAGAUAGAUACGAAAUUGCUAUUUUAGCCCAGGGGAAUGUAUCUAUCUCACCAGAUUUCUUCCAGUCAUUUUUAUCGGUAAAUAAUUGUUCUCAAAUUGAUGCACCAAAAGAAAGUACUGAUUUUCUAAAUUAUUCUAAUACUAAUGAGCCAGAUAAUUCACAUCAUAAAGAUAAUAAUGUACCAAAUGAUUCUGAAAUUAUAGAAAAUAAAGAGACAAAAAAUAAAUCAAUACAUUGUAUUAUAGAUUUAAUCAAAUCUAAAGACUCAAAGUUUGGCUCAUCCACUGCAGGGUUGAAUAUUUUAGAGUCUCGUUUGAAGAAGAUAACAACCGAAGGACAGUGGCAAUCGUUUUUACAUACUGCUGGAAAUUCAGCUGUUGCUUUGCGAAAAAGGCCUGGUGCAAAAAUUAGAGUCCAGCCAACAUCUAUUGCAAGGAGAUUACCCAGAGUUACAAAAGGAAGUAAACGUCUACCAUCAGGUCGUCCAGCAAAUGGUGAAAUUAACACCAAAAAAAGAAAAAGAAAUCUUGGUGCUAAUGUUCAAUUGAAUGUGCCUAAUGCAAAAUCACAUGGGCACAAUCAUUAA